AUGGCACUUGCGGCUGAUACUCCCCCUACUCCAUCAUCUCGCUCUGCAACCUCGGUGCCCACCCUGAGCUCUCCCAUCGACGCGCGCGACUCGAUACGCGACCAGCAGUUUUCCUAUGACUGUUCCCCUUCGACCGAGCAAGCAUUAGACUGGGCAAUACGGAACUCUAACCUUAGUGGUGGCGUACACAUGAACACUGGCGGACAAGUUUCCUCUCGUCCAUCCACCUCGCUGUCAGUUAGAUCAUUCGGCUCGAACUCGUCCAUCUCUUCGUCGUCGUCCUCUUCCACAUCCACUUCAACGCCCGUGCUUCCACCUCUUUCUGCAUCCACUACCGGCAGAAAAGUCGCGGCCAAUCUUCAGCUCUUCAAGGAGACGGCUCCUCCCUUAUCUCCCACCCGCCGAUCCACUGCUGCCGGAAUUUCUGCACCUCCUGAUGUAUCCACCACCACCGUGCCCGAUGCUACUGCAGAAGAAGGCGAAGAGCUUAUUCGAGAGACCCAGUUUGUCAAGAGAACCGCUUGGCCAGAGCGAGAAGCUGCCGCAGUGAGGCGUGGCAAGAGCAUUCCAACCACAAAACGCACAACCCUUGUCUCACCGUCUCCUGACCGUGAUUGGGACCUGGAGGAGAGGGAUCGAGUCUCUCGAGAACGGGGCUCCUCGUCGCGAGCGGUGGUAAGAGACCUCAGGGAGUGGCAUCAAGAGAACUUGGAGCGUGGCCGGACUCGAGAUCGAAUAGGCGAUACCGGAUCCGAUUCUGAGGGUGCUGGUGCAGCGGCGGCUGUAGGUGUAAACGCUAGUGGUGGAGGCGGUAUCGUUAAUAGUGCUUCUCGGGCGCGGUCCGCGAAACCGGAUCCGAUCUCUAUUCCUUCUCCCUUAUCGCUGAACCAGAGACCCCCCCUGGCGCAGCGCGCAUCUGCUCAAUCCGUCAGAACCCUCCACUCUGCCCAACCCAUCUCGCCUGGUCAUGAUAGAAAACGAUCGGUCACCUUUAGUAUCGAAGACCUCGAAGAACCCCGAGCCAUCUCUCCUGUUCAAGAGACUACACCUCCUCCGCCGUAUCCCCGAGAAGCGACCCUCCCCUCUUCCAGUUUAGAAUCUCCCUACUCGACUGACUCUGAGUCUGCGUGGGAUACCACGUCGGUCGCGUCUUCUGUCGCCACCACGAGGUCGUCUACUGCCCUUCGCAAGCUCAAGAGUCGUUCUCGCUCUCCUUCUCCAGAUAUGGUUGAUCGAGCAGCAUCGCCUCCUCGAAGACGCAGUGGUCAACGUGAAGAGUUUGAGGAGGAUGAGCAACAGUUGGAUGACGAAGGUACCUUUGGAACCCUGGACGACUUGGAGUCCACCCCUCUACCCAAUGUCCCUCUCACUCCUUUCCGCAAUCAAGUCGGCGGACAUAGUGCCAUCUACAAGUUUACCAAGCGAGCGGUCUGCAAGCCCUUGGUUUCCCGAGAAAACUUGUUUUAUGAAGCUGUAGAGAGUGCAGCCCCUCCUCUCCUCGGCUUUAUCCCUCGCUACCUCGGUGUCAUGCUCGUCAACUAUCGCAAAGUCCGCAAAUCUGGCAAUUCCAGUCCCCCUCAGAUCGCCGAGCCUGUUGAGGAAGAAAAAACUAUAGUUGAGGGCGACGAUGGGAUCAAAUCUGAUAGUGUCGUUAGUGAGCCUCCUCCAUCUGGCACAGUCGAAUCCCCUCCACGUCCACCCCUUCGUAAAGCCAAUACAGCUCAAGGCUUGCCUGGUGCGGAUAGUGCUAAACGCCCCCGUCCCAUGUCUCCUCUCUCUCACUCUCCUGUUCGUGGUCGGGCCCCUCGUGUCCAAGAUGACGCAGGAGAACAAGCUAGCGGCGAAGAUACAGAAGACGCAGAGCAGCCUGUCGUCCAACUCGACAAUAACCCACACAUAUUGCCUGGAUGGAUGUUGAGGGGUCGAAGAGAAUAUUUUAGGACCCUACCGACAAGCACCCUCACACCGCGUGGAGCUACGCCUGGCAUGAUGACUCCACUCACUAGCGACGACAAGAAUCCGCUUAUCAAGCGGCUUCAGGCUAUUGAACGGGCAGCAAUUUCAUCACCCGAGUUGGCUAAUACUAAGGAGACUGCCACUGGUAUGUCUGUUUCUGUUGGAACUAUUAAAGUGGUGACUGACCUGGAAUUAGGCGACCUUUCGGGCCACGAGACUCCCACCUUGUCCAAUUCUCCAGAACAGCCGACGGUUAUUCCCAAGAUCAACACGCAGAUCCGAAGGAAUUACGCACCAUCUGUCGUCUCUGGUGAAGAAGAGAUUGCCAUGCAGGGAUACGAACGUGGCAUGUCUUCAGUCUCGAUUGGUGGCACUCCGACCUCUUACCGCUAUCCUUCCUCUGGCUAUGCAUCUCCCAAUGGCCAUCUGA